AUCUUAUCUCACUCAUUUGCUCACAACAACAACAACAAACCCUUUCCUUUCUCUUUGCAAGUUCUUGUGGUUUUUGCAGUGCAUCAAUGGCGGCUGCUGUAGCUUCAAGUGAUUCAGUUUCCAUACCAUCUGUAAACAAGGCGUGGGUGUACUCAGAGUACGGAAAGUCUGCAGAUGUUUUGAAGUUCGAUCCGAAUGUUCCUGUUCCUGAAAUAAAGGAAGACCAGGUGCUGAUCAAGGUGGUUGCUGCAUCUCUCAACCCAGUUGAUUUCAAAAGGAUGCUUGGCUACUUCAAGGACACUGACUCUUCACCCCCUACAGUUCCAGGGUAUGAUGUUGCUGGUGUGGUGGUGAAAGUGGGAAGCAAGGUGACAAAGUUUAAGGUGGGGGAUGAAGUGUAUGGGGAUCUCAACGAGAAGGCUCUCGAUAAGCCGAAAAAGAUCGGAUCUUUGGCCGAGUACACUGCUGCAGAAGAAAGAGUGUUAGCUCUCAAGGCAAAAAAUCUGAGUUUUGUUGAAGCUGCUAGCCUUCCCCUGGCCAUUGAGACCGCCUAUGAAGGGCUCGAACGAGUUGAAUUCUCUGCCGGUAAAUCGAUCCUUGUUUUGGGAGGCGCUGGGGGAGUCGGAACACAUGUUAUUCAGCUAGCAAAGCAUGUGUUUGGUGCUUCAAAAGUAGCAGCUACAGCGAGCACGAAAAAACUCGAUCUUUUGAGAAGCUUGGGUGCUGAUUUGGCUAUUGAUUACACCAAGGAGAACUUCGAAGACCUGCCUGAGAAAUUCGAUGUGGUUUAUGAUGCAGUUGGGCAGAGUGACAGGGCAUUGAAGGCGGUGAAGGAAGGCGGGAAGGUUGUGACAAUCGUAGGUCCAGUAACGCCACCGGCAAUCAUAUUUAUACUGACUUCAACCGGAACUGUAUUAGAGAAACUGAAGCCUUACUUGGAGAGUGGGAAGGUGAGGCCGGUGCUUGAUCCCACUGGCCCGUAUCCAUUUUCGAAGACCGUUGAAGCAUUUGCCUAUCUUGAAACCUCCAGAGCUACCGGAAAGGUGAUUGUGUAUCCCAUCCCAUGAGAUAAUAGAGAGUACUAGUUCAGGCUUGCAGUCUGUUCGUGUGUGAUAUAGUCUUAUCCUGCUGCCCGCUUGUUUGAAAGUCUUGUAAUAAGCAAUGUUAUGUGUACUUAUAUAGUGCUUCUAGUUUGGCUAGUUUGCAUUGUGUUUUCUUCCUACUUGCUCAUUGCUGUGUUUUUUAGCUUAAACACGGCAUUGGUUAGAACGGAUGUACUUCCUCUUACAGUUCCUGCAAAUCCUAUGAUAUAUUGCGGAUCUUUAUAUUUA